CAGCAUCGAUCAUUCCCCCACCCUCUCUUCCCACGCGCUCACGCACGCUCGAGCUCCCGCGCCGCACCGCACCGCACCGCAGCAUGUCGUGGCUCACGCGCACCAUCGCGGCCACGCUCGCCGGCGAGCCCGACCCCGACUCCGACGCCUCCGAAUCCGAGGCGUCCUCCGCCGAAAGGACGGCCGCGGAGGGUUCCUCGCCGCGCGACCCCGAGGGCGAGGAUCCCGGGCAGCCCAACACCCCGAGCCGCGGCGUCAAGGACGACAUCUCCGAGCUCACCGAGACCCUCACCCGCCGCCUCUGGGGCGUGGCGUCCUUCCUCGCCCCUCCACCGCCCCCGCCGGACUCGGAGUCUCCGGGCGCCGCGCCCGCGGAGGCGGACGGAGAGGGGGGCGAUGUGGACGGGGACGGGAUCGCGGGGAUCCGGAGCGAUCUGGCGGAGAUCGGGGGCAGGGUGAGGAGCGGCAUCUCCAUGCUGCAGAGCAACCUGGCCGUGGCGGAGAUCUCCAAGAUCGCGUCCUCGCUCCUGCCGUUCGGGGAGGAGGAGCCGGACGAAGGGGAGCCCGUCGCCGGCGGGACCGAGGAGGUGUUGGUCUUCGUGAAGCACAUGUCGACGCGGCCUGAGACGUGGCUUGAUUUCCCCCUCUUCAUCAGCGAGCGUUAUGCAGAUGAUUUUGAAUUGUCGAAUGCUCAGUAUGUGCAUGCAUUAUCUAUGGAACACCUCGUGCCAACCUUAUCGGAUUUAAAGGUUCAGAUUUGCUCAACGGAUAUGAGUGAAGCAUGUUUCUGGAAGAUCUAUUUUGUUCUUCUGCAUUCGAAACUCAACAAACAAGAUGCUGAACUUCUUUCAACACCACAGAUCCUAGAAGCAAGGGAGGAGUUGCUGCAGAGUCUACAGGCUAAGGAUAAGCGAGGAUCUGAAACUGCAGGGCAAUCAUCUGACGAUGUGAACGCAUUCUCUGCCCCAGCUGAAGAGAAGGUGAUAGAACCUUCAAUCAUUCAAGACAAAGAAGUUGCCGUAUCGGAGGUCCGUUCCUUCGAAGAACCCACCUCGGAUAUCACGCCCGAAAUCGAGGCCGAGAAGUUCCUGGUUUCGACCACUGAAGUGGAAAUCAUUGACAAGUCAGUGAUCGAAGAAGAAUUGUUGUCAGUGAAAGAUAAAAUCAAGGCUCCAGUCGUGGAGUCCAGACUCCACGCUGACACCGAUGAGGAUGAAGUGGACGAAUGGCCUGAUGAUGACUCAGCUGAGGAGCCCGAGGCGGUAGCGGCAGCAAGUAACAGGGCUUCGCUGGGACGGGAGGAGGAUGUGUCGUUCAGCGACCUGGAAGACGACGGUGACGAUGAUGAGCAUGGCAGUAAAGGGGUGGGCAAGUAGCUAAAGCUGAUUUGAAGGUCCGGUCCAGGCCCAAUCAUCUCGGCCUCCAUUGGAGUGGUAGUCCCACAAGCACACGCUCGCUGGCUUCACUCAAGGGACUACAGAAGGCAGCGGUGGAUGAUGGGUGGAUCAUUGCGUGGUCACCAUUAGUCUCUAGAGGCGAUGGUGAUGAUGAACCCCCCAAAACUGGCUGGGCCUCCCUCGACCGGCCUGGAUUAGAAGAGAAGCAGGAAGUAAUAAUGAUGUGCAGCUGGUGUUAGUGUUUGAUGAUGGCAAGUAUGUACAUCUGUAUCGUCGGCCUGUUUCUGUACAUAGACCCCCCUGGGGCGGGGCUGCCUCCUGUAUGAACCAACCUGGCAGCGUACCACUCUGUCCACUGAAUAAAUCGCUCAAUUAGCUGCAA